CUCGCAGUCAUCUGCGCCAACAUGGCUGAUGAAACGGCGAAGGCGCAGACUGCCCGACCGGGCGGUGACACAAUAUUUGGCAAAAUUGUGCGCAAAGAGAUUCCGGCCAACCUAGUUUAUGAGGAUGAUUUGUGUGUUGCCUUCCAUGAUGUUGCUCCUCAAGCUCCCACUCACAUCCUGGUCGUCCCCAAAAAAACAAUUGUCCAGCUGUCACAAGCCGAAGACGAUGAUGCUGCACUGUUGGGCCACAUGCUGAUAGUUGCAAAGAAGUGUGCUCAAGAUGCAGGCCUGUCUAAAGGCUACAGGAUUGUCAUCAACGAUGGGCCUGAUGGCGGACAAUCCGUCUACCACGUCCACAUCCACAUCCUGGGUGGACGCAUUAUGGGAUGGCCCCCCGGCUAACCUUCACUUUCUUUUGCUUGAAUCACUUUGCCAUGUUGAUGUUUGUAGUUUGACAUCCAGUACUGUUUAAUUCAGAGAGCGAUUUUAGCUCUAAAGUGAUCGUAAUAAAAUUGACAUCUUAA